UGUUAACUGUUUCUGCGACAUCAAAUUAUUGAGUCCAUAGAAUCCGUUUACGGCGCCGGUUUUCGCUUGAAUUUUGCCAAAACCAAUAUUCGAAACGGCGGUGAAUAUCACCAUCGACCCGACUGCUGACGGGGGGAAAAUGUCUGCGUCGUCAGGUCCUUCCUGGGAAGGACUCAGGAAAGAGGCUCGACAGCUGGAAAACGAGAUUGACCUUAAACUUGUUGGCUUCAGUAAACUCGGAACUGGUCUUUCUUCCAAUGUUAAGUCAGAUAGUUCUGCAGACAAAGCUCCUUUACUUGGACCUGAUCAUGUUUUUGAAACAAUGGCCUUGGAAAUUGAAUCAAUGCUUGAAAAGCUGACGAAUCUGAAUGACCAAAUGGCCGAGUUUUCCUCUGGGCAAGUACAGUCACCAGCCCUUCUGCACACAAUCCAGAGGCACAGAGAAAUCCUCCAAGACUACAAACAGGAGUUCAGGAAAACACAGGCAAAUUUCACAGCCAGAAGAGAAAGGGAAGACCUACUCAAGAGCGUCAGGAAAGAUAUUGACAACUUCAAGUCUUCAUCCGGCCUCAAUAGGAGGAUGGACCUCUACCUUAAGGAGAAUGACCAUAUAAGGAGCUCUGAUCGCCUCUUGGACGACCAAAUCAGCAUAGCUGUGGAGACACGGGACAACCUAGUCGCGCAGAGAGUCACGUUCAAAAGGCUGCAGACGCGGUUCAACGACCUGUCCAACAGGUUUCCCCUGAUCAACAGCCUGUUGCAGAGGAUCAAUCUUCGUAAGCGGCGCGAUUCGCUCAUUCUGGGACUAGUGAUCGGGGCCUGCACCAUUCUCCUCAUCCUGUACGCAAUGCGGUAAUGGCCCUAUAUAGAGUGACAAGCCCACCCAAAGGUGGAAACCCAAUCCUAUUCGCGAGUCAUGUAUAAAAAGAAAUCCCAUUCGACUAAAAGUGACUGAAAUGGUCCGCGCGGAUUCAAAUAACUAUAUUAAUUCCCACUUCUUGCUCUACCGAUGAUGAAUAAUAUUUUAACAGAUAGCUUGGCUCUGGUGGAGAAUAAAAUGUUUGUAUUGAGAUAUAAUUAUAAUUAAA